AUGAAGCGUACUUAUGAUAACAUGCAGGCGGAUGAAGGCUCUGGCGAGCACGACUACGACCACGACGAUAAUGCAGGCGAGAACGCGGAAGAUGACAAUGGCAAAGUGCCUCCAUACGAUGCGAAGACCGAGAAGCUGCCUAAUUCUCCUGUCUUUACGCCUGAGUUCGUGAAUCUCAAGGAUCGCAUAAGCGAGCUUCUGAAGCUCCUGGCCGACCCGCUCAAGCAGACAGCCUACAAAGAUGCCUUCAUAGAUGGGUUGCUGCAGGAGGUUCACGACCGAACUAGGUCUGACUUUCCGGAGGAGGUAAGGAUCGCACUGAUCGGGUCCAUGAAAGCUGGCAAGAGCUCGGUGAUCAACUCCAUCCUCAGCUCGGGCAUGAUUGCCCGGCAGGGCGAUGCUGGUGGCAGCUGCACCUGGGUUGUCCAAGAGUUCUGCUACCUGCUCCCGACGCAACAAAAGCCCUACGCUGCGGAGGUCCACUUCUUUACCCAAGACGAGCGUUACGCUAUCGUCAAGGCCCUGUUUGCCGACUACUAUCGCCACUCGCCAAAAGACGACGACCCGACAGACGGACCGAAGGAAAGCGACGAGGUUGUCGAAGACCAUGCCAUUAUGCGCACCACCAUUACGGCCUUCCGCGCACUCUUCAAUGACCACAAGGAGUUCUCGAGCCUGUGUGCAGCGAGCGACUUCCUCAGUCGUGGCCAGUCCGAAGACGACGAAGCUAUUACCGAGACACUGUGUGAAUGGACGGACGAGUUGAUGGCUAAAGGUUUGCGCAAGGAUUCGGUACUCAGAGCCGAGGCUGCAACAACUCAACAGCUUCUCUGGGAGCUUGCGCCGUACUUGUACACCGUCGAAGAACGAGCCGGCGAGCCUAUGGUAUCGAUUUGGCCAUUCGUGAGCCACAUCAAAUUUGGGCUUGAUUGUGAGCUCCUCAAGCAUAACAUCACCCUUGUAGACCUGCCUGGCUUGACGGACACGAACAAGACUCGCGUUGAUAACGCGCUGAAGCACCAGCGACAGUGCACACACUACAUGAUAGUCGCGGAGAUUGGUCGCGCCGACGAUGACCGCUUCAUCCGCGACCAACUUAGUCGCGGAUGUAUGACGCGUGGCUCUGGUCGGACGAUGCUGGUAUUGACUCAUGCGGACAUUAUCGACGAAGGCACUGAAGUCACCGGAAACCGAAAGGACAACCAGCUUAUGGAGAAGCUACGCACGGAGAUGAAAACGCUCGAUCGGAAGAAGUCCGAGAUGUUCAGUCGCUACAAGUCCGCCAAGGGUCCGGAGCGCUGGGAGUACCUGGAGGCUAAACACCGUCUUUCCUUUGAGCUUCGGGCCAAGCAGGCUGAACACAACGAGCUGCGUAUCGUUAUGCGUAGUCGCAGCGUGUCUCAGAAGAUGCAGAAACUUUACGAAGAGCUUACGCAGGACGCGCUCCCGCUCGCAGUCUUCUGCGUCGGGAAUCAUGCCUACAAGAAGCACCAAGCCGGCUAUUCGAUCGAGGAACCACCAACACUUUCCGUCGAGGGAACCAAUAUACCGGCCUUGCGGCGCCAUCUCUUCCUUGCCCCAGCUGAGGCAAGACUCCACGAAACUCGGCAUACGGUUGUGACGCAGAUACCUGCCUUGAUAAACUGCGUCAAUCUUUAUGCGUCCAAGACGCAUCUGGCGCGUAAGGGCGAAGUUGAGAAAAUAGUCGUCUCGCCACAAAAGGCUGUCAGCGCGCUGAUACAGAAGGCUUACGAGCGCCUCAACCAGAACUCCGAGGAUCAGAUUCUGAUGCCCUUCCGUGCUCAUGAGUAUUACUGGACGGACGAAGCCCGCGUCCUGUGCAAAGAAUGGGCGAAGAUGUACUCGACUAGUGUCCAUUUGGCCUUCCUCAAAAAGGACGGGAUCAAGAAGGGAAGGGCGAAGAACUCCCAAGAUAUAUCUUGGAACUCCGACCUUACAUCGAUCGCCGCGGCUGACAUUAGGUCGUGGUUCCAAGGCUUCUCCGACUUCAUGAAUUCCACACCGAGGCAGCUUACGAAGGAGACUAAUGCUCUGGUGAACGGCAUGAUCAAUGAAAUCCGAAGUGCGUGGUUGUUGGGCGAACUAUGGUCAGCAGCGCUGAUAUAG